ACGGAGCUGAAGAGGACGAAGAGCUCCAGCAUUAUUGAGGCGAGAGGUCGCAGCAGCCGGACUUCUUUUUUGUUGACUUUGGCGUGGGAUCAGGGUGAAACCAACAUCUAUAUCAGUGUCGGACCGCAGUGUGGUGUUGAAUCAGCAUCAUGGCACUUCUCAGAGGUGUUUUUGUCGUAGCUGCUAAGCGCACUCCAUUUGGCACCUACGGUGGCGUGUUGAAGGAUCACAGUGCAACAGACCUAGCAGAGCAUGCAGCCAAAGCUGCCCUGGCUGCAGGGGGUGUGGCACCAGAGCUGAUAAACAGUGUUAUUGUGGGAAGUGUCAUGCAAAGCUCAGCUGACGCCAUCUACAUCGCUCGUCACGUGGGUCUGAGGAGUGGUGUUCCAAUUCCAGUGCCUGCACUUACAGUGAACAGAUUGUGUGGAUCUGGUUUUCAGGCCAUUGUCAGUGGUGCUCAGGAGAUCUGUCUGAAGGAGUCCGAGGUGGUCCUGUGUGGGGGCUCUGAGAGUAUGAGUCAGGCACCGUACGCUGUUCGCAACAUUCGAUUUGGAACUAAGUUUGGAUUUGAUCUAAAGCUGGAGGACACUCUGUGGGCCGGUCUUACUGACCCCCAUAUAAAAAUCCCCAUGGGCAUGACAGCAGAAAACCUAGCAGAGAAAUACCAAAUCACCCGAGAAGACUGUGAUAACUACGCAUAUCAGACACAACAGAGGUGGAAGGCUGCUCAUGAGGCUGGUCACUUUGUAGAAGAAAUUGCCCCCAUUGACGUAAAAGCUAAGAAGGGAAAGGUUCCCAUGACUCACGACGAACACCCUCGGCCUCAGACCACAUUGGAACAAAUGGCAAAACUGGCUCCCGUUUUUAAGAAGCAAGGAACAGUCACUGCUGCCAAUGCCUCGGGUGUGUCUGAUGGCGCUGCCGCAGUCAUCAUUGCCAGUGAAGAUGCUGUGAAGGAGCACAAACUCACUCCUCUGGCCAGGAUCGUGUCCUACCACUCGUCCGGCUGUGACCCAAGCAUCAUGGGAAUCGGUCCUGUCCCCGCGGUCACUGAAGCUCUGAAGAAAGCCGGACUGACUCUCAGCGACAUGGAUCUUGUAGAGGUGAAUGAGGCAUUUGCCCCUCAGUACCUGGCUGUUGCUAAGGCUCUUGGACUGGAUCCUGAGAAAAGCAAUGUUAAUGGCGGUGCUAUUGCUAUUGGACAUCCUCUUGGUGCUUCUGGAACUCGAAUCACUGCUCACCUGGUUCAUGAGCUCAGACGGCGCAGAGGAAAAUAUGCUGUCGGCUCUGCCUGCAUCGGAGGUGGUCAGGGCAUUGCCAUUGUCCUAGAGAAAUGCUAAAACAGGAACCUGCCAGUAUGAGAGAAAUUCAGACGAGCUGGAGAUGAUGAAUUCAUACCAUGAUCCAGUGCUCACUAUAGGUGUCCCAUAAGUCCCAUGACUUGACUUGUGAUUUGUCAGUCUUUGACUCGGGACUUGAGGGCAAAGACUUGAGACUUUCUUGUGACUUGCAAAACAAUAAUUUGGUCCCAUCUCUGAACCUCACACAUGUAACAAUGCCUUUCUGUCAUCUUGUAAUUGUUUUCAAUUUAUUUAAAAGAAGAAAAAACAUUACAUUACUGUGAAAAUAAAAAUAAGAGUGCUUCUGAUUGUUGUGCCAGAAUGCUCAUGAUAUAAAAAGUUACUACAAUUCACAUUAACAUCAAUACUAAUAAGUAUAUAAUAACAGGAAGCAUUGGAAUAAGGUUAAGAAAAAGUGUAAAAUUCUGAUUUUUUUUUUUGCCUUAAAUGAUGACUACCACGCCUCUCGAUGCAACACAUUGCAUCUGAAUUAUGAUGAGUCCAGCUAAAAUGAUUUUGUAAUUCUGUGUCAAACAAAAACGAUGAUUUUACAACUGGAUUUAAUAAAAAAAAUUCUCUAUAAA